AAAUGUAAAAAAUACAUUGCAGCUCGGCUAGCGCGCCGUGAACUUUGCGCUCCAAUAAUUUUUUUCAUCUGGACUGUGAAGGACUUUAGAUCGACCAUGAAACGAAAAAAUAUUAUAUAAUGUGUAAUUUGAAAUGUAGCUAGUGAACUUUUAGAGUGUAAAUUAAAAAGUGCAUGAACGCUGAAAUUUGUGGCAAGUCCGUAAUAAAUUAGAUAUUAUGGGAUUUUUGCCGCGAGUCAAGUGAAACAAAAUAGUGAAAUAAACAGUUCCAUAUGUUUUAUUCUCGAGGACAAAACUGUCCACUGAGGACUAUCUUUCAAGCGCACUGGUCUUCAGAUCCGUUAAUCCCUUGUUCUCGUACCUGUACGAUAGACGGGUGUCAGUGAUGAUGCGCAAAAGGUGAUAAGUGCUUGACAAAAUGGCUAUGGUGAUAUCUCAGACGACUAAAGCGGCGAUUGGUGGUUUCUUGGCCCUGAUGAUACUUGGCGCUGUGCUGGUGGUAGGAGCGGCCUUCGGGUGGUUCGAUCCUAAGAGGGAGGAUGAGGAUACACCGGCGAAAAUCAGCGCGAGACUACAAGGGAGAACGUCCUUUGUUACUCAUAGAGCUGUAAACCCGGAUGAGAACAGGCUACCAGUAAUAUCACAUUCAUCACCAUAUACACUGAAAGGAGGAAAAGAUAUGGUAGCGCUGUCCAGCCAAUGUCAAUGCAGUAUCAAUGAUAUUUCUCUGAUGUUGGAAGCCAUGCCAGAACUGACGGGACCUCCUGGACCUCAAGGACCAACUGGUGCUGAUGGUACUACUGGUGCACCUGGUAAAACGGGUCAAAUGGGCGAACCCGGUCCACCAGGACCUCAAGGUCUCAAGGGAGAUCACGGAGAGAGGGGGGAAAUUGGUACUCCAGGUGUUGAAGGACAACCGGGACCGAAAGGAGAACCGGGAGCAGAUGGGACCCCUGGCUUGCAAGGACCCCCUGGACCUGCGGGACCACCUGGACCAGCUACAUCAGCAUUAAUUGAAUCAACGGGAUUAUACGGGACCGAUCGUGCGAUUCAGGGGCCCCCAGGCGAAAGAGGCCCAAUGGGCCUCCCGGGACCCCAGGGAGAGAGGGGUUACCAGGGGAGUAAAGGCGAGAAGGGAUUACACGGAGGCAAAGGCGAUAAAGGUGAACGGGGGUAUGCUGGCGCGCGUGGGCCACAUGGCGCGAAAGGGGAACGUGGGCAACCCGGAAAAGAUGGCACACCUGGCCUGCCCGGCGCGCACGGACGACCCGCGGAAAAAGGCGAAAAAGGGGCUAGAGGACUACCUGGUCUCCCUGCACCAUCAGUGGUUACCAUCACAGACAAUUAUUCAUUGUCAAGUGAUGUUAUAAGUCCAGGCCUACAGGAAGUCGCAAAGCUGAAAGGCGAUAGAGGGGAAAAGGGUGAAAAGGGUGAAAAGGGGGGCAGAGGCAUGGAAGGUCCUCAAGGUUUCCCUGGAACUGAUGGCAAGCCUGGGGAGCGAGGUGAUAUAGGGCCAUCAGGCUUACCUGGUACGCAAGGAGUACCAGGCCUUAUUGGCCCUAAGGGAGAUAAGGGUGAAUCCGGCCCGCCUGGACCAGUUGCAAUAUCACGUGAAGAAGCUCUGGUUAUGACAAAAGGUGAAAAAGGCGAAACUGGGCCAAGAGGGAAACGCGGACAUCCUGGUGCGCCGGGCCCAAGAGGGCCACCAGGUCUUCCAGGUCCUCCCGGAGUACCUGGCACUAAUGGACCUUCUGGAGACAUCGGGUUACCUGGGUGGACGGGUCCACCGGGUGCAGCAGGUCAACCUGGUCCACCGGGGCCGAAAGGCGAAAAGGGAGAUUCUGGCAUCCCUCCAGCGGCCCUUGAAAAGGUAAAAGGUGAGAAAGGCGAUCGAGGGUACGACGGGGCACCAGGCCCGCCGGGAAAAGAUGGGCCCAAGGGACCACCGGGUCCGGCAGGCCCACCCUCCUCUAGCAUGCAGUAUAUACCUGUCCCGGGUCCACCAGGUCCCCCGGGACCUCCAGGACCUCCCGGAAGUGCUAACGAAGUUACUAUCGACACAUUGACAGACAGCCCUGGGAUUAAUCGACACGAAUCUGGCACAGGCAAACCUCGGGAUCCUUUACAAAUCCUGAGAAACUUGAAUAAUUUAAUGCAGUACAAGCAAGAACAAUUUGUUUUCCAAGAUCCGCAAGACUCGAUCAAUGAGAACCCUGAAUUUGAUGAUGAAGAAGAUGGGAGGACUUUAGUCGGAACGAUUUUGUUCAAAUCAACGGAAUCUUUAGUUAGGCUGGGUACAAACAGCCCGCGCGGGACAUUAGCAUACGUCUUACAAGAGCAGGCUUUGUUAGUCAGAGUCAACAAGGGCUGGCAGUAUGUUUCGAUGGGCUCGUUUUUGAAAAUACAGACUCCUCCAGGAGGGCCGACUCUGACACCUUUACAGAAUAUGCUGGAGACGUCAAGUUUGGUUCACCACAAAAACUCGCCCAAUAAUAGGCCAGUUCUACGUCUCGCGGCACUAAACGAGCCCCACACCGGAGAUUUGCACGGGGUGAGCAGUGCCAACUAUGAAUGUCACAGGCAGGCGGAAAGGACUGGCUUUGAGGGGAGCUUCCGAGCAUUUAUCUCUUCGAGGGUGCAAAAAAUUGACACCAUCGUGAGCUGGGUGGACCGCGAGAUACCAGUGGUGAACAUUCGAGGAGACAUCCUCUUCAACUCCUGGGGCGAAAUGUUUGAUGGGUCGGGAGCUUUAUUCGCGCACGCUCCCAAAAUAUACAGCUUCAAUGGAAAAAAUGUCAUGGUGGACCCCGAAUGGCCCACAAAAGCUGUUUGGCACGGAGCGACUCCAAACGGUGAGCCGACGAUGGAUUCAUACUGUGACGCGUGGCACAGCAGCAGCCAUAUCAAGUUUGGCCUCGCUUCCUCUCUUCGCUCCAAUAAGCUGCUCGAUCAGGAAACGUAUCCAUGCAGUACGCGACUGAUCCUGCUCUGUAUUGAAACCACGCCAGUUAACACAGUAAGGAGAAAAAAACGUUCAAAAUAUCGUGUAUCCGACAAAAUACAUUUCCUGAAAGACAUCGAAGAUCGAAACGAGACUAGACCUCAUUUAUAGACAUUGAAUUCAUAUUUUAUUUAACCUUUAAGUGCUCACAUGGUUAAGUAAUAAGAAGAUCUAAAUAUUGAGAUAAUGUUGCUCUAAGAUCUUCACUCAUCUGAGAACCAGAUGAAAGGUGUUUUUUGCGAAGCAAAAGACGUAUAUGAAACAGCAUACUUUGAACGGGUUACCUUAAUUUACUCAGUUUAAGACUACCUUAAAUUUAUGUUAAAGUAAAGUUUUUUUUUUAAAUUCUCUUUUCAAGGAAAUAAAAGGUUGUUCUUAUUUUGAAACCUAUCUCAUAGUUUACUAUCUUAACUUACCUAAAUUGACAGGUUUAAAUCUAGUGCUAUUAUUUUCCGCUGGAAAAUCAACAAAAAAGAGAUACCAACACUUUUAGACCUAUAAUUUUGGUUUAGUUCAGAGAUAGUGUAGGUAUAACCAGAUAAAAUGGCAUAAUGUCUAUUAAUUUCUUAAAAUUUUGGGAAUGUAGAAUUAACAAUGCAAAUGUGACUAUUAUUAUUAUGAAUAAAUAAAUCCUUGAAUAUACAGUAUAAACGGUACAUGUUUUCGUAAAUUCAGAAUGUCACAUUAUAAAUACAACAUGCAGUUAAUUUUCAUUAUGAUAAAUCAUUUUUCAGUGGUUAUGUUUUUCAGUAUCAAUGAACAUCGAAAUAAAUUAAGUACAGUUUUUCAAUUGCGGUUUGAGGCCCGCGCAAGUGGCUAAACCUCAAAAAUGAUAACAGAGAGAAUGUACGUUGUAAUUAUAUCGAAAAAUCUGCACUAUAAUUUACGCUUUUAAUUUAAAAAGCAGAACAUUUUGCAGUUCUAGGUUUGAAUUUCUAGUUAAAACAGUUUUAAUUCAAAAUCGUCAACUCUUUUGUUUGAUAAAAGCAGACGUUAAGUACUUUGCGGUAUUUCAUGAACUACAAGCUAAUCCACCCAAAUAGAUAAAUCUGUCUGUUAUAACGUGCAGUAUGCGAUAUACACCGCUCGCCCCUCUACUACUAAUGAAUUGGCAAAAGCAAUACAAUUACUAGAGUUUUAAAAUAAUUUAGGUUUCACCGACACACACCACAUCAAAAUAUGUCUCAGCGACUUAGUAUAA